GUGGCUUUUAGUAGUGGCGGAAAUGAAGGCGAAGGGGCGGGGGGAAAAGAAGCUAGAGCCUGGGCGCUUGCCUAGGAUCCAAAAUGGCGGCGGGGAUGUACCUGGAGCAUUACCUGGACAGCAUUGAGAACCUCCCCUUUGAGCUGCAGAGAAACUUCCAACUCAUGCGAGAUUUGGACCAACGCACAGAAGAUCUUAAGUCGGAAAUUGAUAAAUUGGCCACAGAAUAUAUCAGCAAUGCACGGAUGCUGUCUUCGGAGGAGAAACUGGGGCUCCUCAAGCAAAUCCAAGAGGCCUAUGGGAAAUGCAAGGAAUUUGGAGAUGAUAAAGUGCAGCUAGCCAUGCAGACGUACGAGAUGGUUGAUAAGCACAUACGCCGGUUGGACACGGACCUCGCCCGGUUUGAAGCUGACCUGAAGGAGAAGCAGAUUGAGUCAAGUGACUAUGACAGUUCCUCGAGCAAAGGCAAAAAAAGGCACGCAGAAGGCCGGGCCCAGAAGGAGAAGAAAGCUGCCCGGGCUCGCUCGAAGGGGAAAAACUCAGACGAGGAGGCGCCAAAGACCGCCCAAAAGAAGCUCAAAUUAGUCCGCACUAGCACAGAGUAUGGGAUGCCUUCAGUGACCUUUGGAAACGUGCAUCCUUCCGACGUGCUGGACAUGCCCGUGGAUCCCAAUGAGCCAACCUACUGCCUGUGCCACCAGGUCUCCUAUGGGGAGAUGAUUGGCUGUGACAACCCAGAUUGUUCCAUCGAGUGGUUCCAUUUUGCUUGUGUGGGGCUGACGACCAAACCAAGAGGGAAAUGGUUCUGUCCUCGUUGUUCCCAGGAGAGGAAAAAGAAGUAAACGUCCCCUGGAUACUGUUGUCAGAACACCCAUCCCUGUCCUGGAACUUCAGCACUCUUCUCCCAGGUCCUGGGGCUCCAUAAUUAUGGGGUCUCACCCUGGGUGAGCAGGGCUGCCUGUGAAUGGUUUGUAUCCUCUCGACGGUUCCUGUGUGUACUGGAGCAUUCACUGCUUUCCGGUGUCUCUGGGAAGUGACUCUGCGGCAGCUGCAUUGGAGGGGGAGAUUCUACAUGGCGUAGCAAGCCCUCUUCAACCUGGCAAUCUUUGUUCCAAAACCCUGUAUCUGCUUGAAGGAAUGUAGACUUUCUAGAGGGAGAGGAAAGGACAACUGGAUAACCCUGAACACUAUCAAAAUCUUCCCAUCAACCUUGACAUCUUUAUUUUCUGGAUUUGUGACCCAUCAGAGGAACGGCCAGACCAGCCUUUACCUGGUUGUUCAUAAGCUUGUAUUUCUUCCCUUCCCACCACCUUGUUUAGAAGGAAAAGAAACCAUUUAGGGCCCACUGGGCAUUAUGUCUUGUCUUCUUGAGGAGGGGGAGUCCCCUCUGCCAGGUGACGUCCUCCCUUUCCCUCCAGCCCCACCAAAUGAAGCAUUCGUGACCUCGCAGCCCACGCUUCUGUCACGAAGGCCAGCCGGGAUCUACUCCUCUCCUGGUGCUGCUUGUUUGGGGGGAGUUGAAACCCAGUGUUGUAAGAUACAGCAUUAAAUAAAGUCAGUUCAGCAAA